AUGUCACACGACACAUUUCGCAACGUUGGCCGCGGCGGCGCCGGCAACUUUUACUCUGUCAACGAGGUACAAAAAGGAUCGAGGGAUCUCGAAGCGGCCGAGCACCAGACCGCAUCGACCGGUCAUGUCUCACCUCUACCGCCCAUCACCCACCAGCCUACCGUACCUGCUCGCGCCGGUCGAGGCGGCGCGGGGAAUCUGAUACUGCCCGGCGACGGCAACGGAAACGGCAGCGGCAACGGCGGCAAUGCAAGCUACCGCUCCCACCAUCCCCAUAAUCACAACCACAACGGCAGCAGGGUCGACGAGGACGCAUAUGCUCUCGCAGAGGACACCGCCGCCGCCGUGAGACGCAACCCGACCGCCUCCAGGGCCCCCGCAGCCCACUCCGGUCGCGGCGGCGCCGGGAACUGGGCCGCCAACGCGGCCGUCACCGAGAAGCAGGCCGAGGAGUCGAGGAGGACGGCCGAGCUCGAGGACAAGGUUCGCCAUGUCGUCGAGCAGGGGCUCAAGAUGCCGCAGAAAGCGCACUAUGCCUUUGAGAAGCACACCGGCCCUUGA